CCCCCGGCGUCUCGGUGGCCGGCGUCUUCCCUCCACUGGGAGCGCGGGCGGCCCCUCUACCUCACGCAUCUCGGUGGCUGGCGCCAACCCCGCCCGCCCACUCUGCGGCGCUCUGAGGAAAUGGCUGCGAAACCCUGGAGACUUGCGGCCCACGGAGCUUACUCCGUGGACACAGUCUCAAGAUAACUUGCCUUGUGAUCUGUGAACAGUGGCUGACGACAACAGCAUUGGGGGCCUGGCGCUUUCCUUGUGCCACGAGGUUGUAACGGCCCUGUUUGUGCUGGGUUUAGGAAGUUGGGAGAAGUGCCCAUGCUUCUGUGUGGGGCAGGUUUUCAUUCUGUACGAGUCCUUCCCCUGGGAUGGAACGUGGCAUAAAAUCUGAGUUGUCAUUAGCAUUUAAAUGUAACUGAAGCCUGUACAGCUUGGGGAAAAAAUUCUUAAGGUAUGGAUGAGAAGGGUGACCCAAGUGGUGAGGAGGCGCCCAAAGCCAUCAAGCCUACCAGCAAGGAGUUCCGGAAGACGUGGGGCUUCCGGAGGACCACCAUCGCCAAGCGCGAGGGUGCCGGGGAUGCGGAGGCGGACACCCUGGAGCCGUCGCCCCGGCAGCAGCAGAGCCCGUCUCUGCGGCGCAGUGGGCGGCAGCCAAAGCGCACGGAGCGGGUGGAGGAGUUUCUGACCACCGUGCGGCGCCGCGGCCGUCGGAGCGCCCCCGCGUCCCUGGAGGACUCCGGGGAGCCAGCGUCCUGUCCGGCGACAGAUGCGGAGACCGCCUCUGAGGGCAGUGUGGAGAGCGCCUCAGACGGGAAGAGCGGGCCCAGGUCCAGCUCCACGGGUGCUAAGCAGCGGCAGGCCUCCUCGGCGAAGGCCAGAGAGGGUGAGGACGAGGAUGACACGUCCGACAGCGACAGUGACGGACUGACCUUGAAGGAACUCCAGAACCGCCUGCGGAAGAAGCGUGAGCAGGAGCCUACAGACCGGCCCACAAGGGGCAUCCAGAACCGCCUGCGGAGGAAGCGGCGGGAGGAGGACCCGGCUGAGACCGUGGACGUCCAGGCGGGUGAUGCAAUGGAGGGCUCGCUGCCCUCCUCACGGGAGCCUGAGGGCGACCUGGGGGCUGCAGCCCAGGCAGCGAAAGAGGACAGAGAGGGCCGACCGGAUGGGAGAGUGGCCCCGGGAGGGAGAGCUGAGGAAGCUGCAGACUCGGUCCGGCACAAGCCGGAGUGUGAGGUGUACGACCCCAGCGCCCUAUACUGCCUGUGCCGCCAGCCUCACAACAACAGGUUUAUGAUUUGCUGUGAUCGAUGUGAAGAAUGGUUUCAUGGUGACUGUGUGGGCAUUUCUGAGGCUCGAGGGCGGCUCUUGGAGAGGAAUGGGGAAGACUACAUCUGCCCCAACUGCACGAUCCUGCAGGUGCAGGACGAGGCCAGCUCAGAAGCCACAGACAUGCAGGACACGAGGUCAGGACCCCUGGGUGCCGACAGCACAGACUUCACCAGUAUAGGAACCGUGGAGCAGAAGUCAAGUGAAGACCAGGGAAUUAAGGGUAGAAUUGAAAAAGCUACAAACCCAAGUGGCAAGAAGAAACUCAAGAUAUUCCAGCCCGUCGUGGAGGCGCCUGGUGCUGCCAAGUGCAUCGGCCCUGGGUGCUCAAGCGUGGCGCAGCCCGACUCGGUCUACUGCAGCAACGACUGCAUCCUGAAGCAUGCCGCAGCCACCAUGCGCUUCCUGAGUGCAGGGAAGGAGCAGAAACCCAAAGCAAAAGAAAAGCUCAAGACAAAGCCAGAAAAAAUCGUUCUUCAAAAAUGUAGCGUUCAAGCAGGCAUUAAAAUCUCUUCUGUGCACAAGAGACUGGCUUCAGACAAGAAGGAAAACGCAGUGAAGAAGGCGGCAGUGGCCCCUCCCAGGAACGAGGUCCUCACUAAGGAGCCAGCCUGUGAGAGCAGCACUCCAUCCUGGGCCAGCGACCACAAUUACAAUGCAGUAAAGCCAGAACAGACUGCUGCCCCCUGGCCGCCACUGUUGUAUAAAUCUGUGAAGGAGGACAGACGCAUGGAGGAGAAGACGGCUGUGGUGGUGGCGAAGAAGUUGGCUCCUCCAGGGUCCUCAGGGGCCGGCAGACAACCCCCAGGCAGAAAUCUCCUUCCAAAGAAGUCCCCUUUUGCAAACACAGCAGUGGCCAAGCCCACUGUCAGAAAGUCGCCCUCCGGCUUCAAGGGCACCAUCCCCAAGAGGCCGUGGCUCUCGGCCACCACCGCCCCCUCAGGCAGUGCUCCCCCUGCCAAACAGGCAGGGCUGGUGGCUGCUGCCGCCUCAUCUGCUUCCAGAAAGUUCCCCAGCUCUGCUGCUUCUGUGGGAGCUGUCAGGAAGCCUGGGAAUACCUCAGUUCCCCUGGCCUCUCCAGCCCCGGGACGCUUGGGCCCCGUGAGCCCCGCUUCAUCACAGCCAAAUUCACAGAUUCGGCAGAACAUAAGACGCUCCUUGAAGGAGAUCUUGUGGAAAAGAGUCAAUGACAGUGAUGACUUAAUCAUGACAGAAAAUGAAGUAGGGAAAAUCGCGCUGCUCAUCGAGAAGGAGAUGUUUAACUUGUUCCGAGUCACGGACAAUCGGUACAAGAGCAAGUACCGCAGCCUCAUGUUCAACCUCAAGGACCCCAAAAACCAGGGACUUUUCCAUCGAGUUCUGCGUGAAGAAAUCUCAUUGGCGAAACUGGUGAGAAUGAAGCCAGAAGAACUGGUCUCCAAAGAGCUCUCCGUGUGGAGAGAGCGAACGACAAAGCCCGUGAUGGAGUCCAGAACGAAAUUGCACAAUGAGACUAAGAAGCCUGCCAUUAAACAGGAAGCCGUACCCGACAUGGAAGACUCUCCACCAGUGUCAGACUCUGAUGAGCAGCAAGAGUCGGUGCGGGCAGCCCCCGAGCGGAGUGCAGCGCCGCUGCCGGGUGUCUUCAGCAGCAUGCUGCAGGACACGACCAGCCAGCACCGGGCGCACCUCUUUGACCUGAACUGCAAGAUCUGCACGGGUCAGGUUCCAUCCUCGGAAGAGGAGCCAGCUCCGAAAAAACAGAAGUUGUCAACUUCUGUCAAGAAGGAAGAGUCCAAGUCCAAGCGCGACAGCCCCCCACCUGAGCCGGUUCUCAGCGAGGCAGAUGAUGUGGCGCCUGAAACCCCGCCUGAAAAUGCCUCGGAGCCAGACCUGGAAAGUGCAGCUCGAACCCACUUAGAGGGGAAGUACCUCCCAGCGCCUCUGGAGGAUAGCCAGCCUGAGGCCCCCGCCCUGGAAGGUCCACCCUGCCCCACCCCUGGUGGUGGCAGCGUGCUCACCACGGUCACGAUGUCCGGUCGGGACCCCAGGACUGCAUUGGGCGGGCCGAGCACGGCCACAACUCCUGCAACAACCCACCCGGAGGGCACCACCCCAGCAGAGCCCCGACAAGACAUACCAAAGCCAGUGCCACCCUCCGUGACGGUGCCCAAGUCCAUCCUGGCCAAGCCAUCCGCGUCCCCUGAGCCUAGAUAUCUCCUGUCUGUGCCGCCGUCCCCAAGCAUCAGCAUCUCAGAGUCCCGGUCCCCUCCUGAAGGAGACACAACUCUCUUCUUGUCUCGACUCAGCACCAUUUGGAAAGGAUUUAUUAACAUGCAAAGCGUAGCCAAGUUUGUCACUAAGGCGUAUCCUGUCUCUGGAUGUUUUGAUUAUCUCAGUGAGGACCUGCCCGACACGAUUCACAUUGGCGGGAGGAUUGCUCCAAAGACCGUGUGGGAUUACAUCGGCAAGCUCAAAUCCUCAGUGUCCAAGGAGCUCUGUCUGAUCCGCUUCCACCCCGCGACUGAGGAGGAGGAGGUGGCCUAUAUCUCACUCUACUCCUACUUCAGCAGCCGUGACCGCUUUGGCGUCGUGGCCAACAACAGCCGGCACGUCAAGGACCUCUACCUGAUCCCACUCAGCGCCACUGACCCCAUCCCCUCCAAACUGCUGCCCUUUGAGGGGCCAGGUCUCGAGUCACCGCGUCCAAACAUAAUCCUUGGGUUAGUGAUCUGUCAGAAAACAAAGCGGCCCUCAGGCGUUGGGGAGCUAGACAAGGCGGAGGAGAAGCGGGCUCGCCUGCUGACACAGGAUGAAGUGGAGCCUGUCCAUCCCAAAGUGCCUGCUGCCCUGCCGCCAGAGAAGAGGCCCCCCAAGUACCAGCUCUGCCCAGGGGACACGGCUGUUAGCGCCACGCCCCCGGGCUCUCCCCCACCCCCACCCCCUCCUCCAGAAGCACCUGGGGCGCCAGGCUCGUCUUCCGUGGUGAAAAUACUGUCGUCCCUCAAACCAGGAGCCACAGCACCAUCUGGGACAGCGGCAGCAGCUCCAGCAGCGGCUUCCUCUGUCUCUUCAACUUCAAAGACCGCCUCGCCCCUGGAACACAUCCUGCAGACUCUCUUUGGGAAGAAGAAGUCGUUUGACCCCCUCUCCAAAGAGCCUGUGGAGUUGGCCCCAGCCCCCCACCAGGACUCCAAAGCCAAGACUGAUGGGGGGCUGACGGCAGCACCCCUGCUGGACCCCAUCGUCCAGCAGUUCGGUCAACUUUCCAAAGACAGAGCCCUGGAGGAGGAGGAGGACGAUAGGCCGUAUGACCCUGAGGAAGAGUACGGUCCCGAGAGAGCCGUGGACACUCCGCCCAGUGACCGGGCCAGGCACCAGGACGCAGAAGAGGCCCCCGAGGCAGCUGAGCGGGAGGAGGUGGCCUACGACCCCGAGGACGAGACGAUCUUAGAGGAAGCCAAAGUGACCAUCGAUGACCUGCCCAACAGAAUGUGUGUCGACACACGUGGCGGGCCUGGCCUCUCUGCCCCCUCCUUGGUGGAGCAGCAGAAGAUGAUUGAAGAGCUCAACAAGCAGAUUGAGGAGCAGAAGCGGCAGGUGGAGGAGCAGGAAGAGGCACUCAGGCAGCAGCGGGCCGCCGUCGGGGCCUCCAUGGCCCACUUCUCCGUGUCAGAUGCACUCAUGUCACCACCUCCGAAGGCCACGCUGCCCAAGACUGAGCUGUUCCCGCAGGAACCGCAGGCUGUGGUCAAGCCGGCUGCCGCCUCCGCCACCAGCCAGGCCCCUGGCCCAAGCGCCGAGGCGCGCCUGAGCCGGGAUCCCCGGCAGGCCCGGCGGUUGGCCGUGGAGAGCAAUGAGAGUGAGGCUGCACUGAGGGCCCCAACGGCCAGAGAAGCAUCUGGAGGGGCCCCUGCUGGCCCGGGGAUGCUGCCAGCCCAGGAGGAAACUGAGUCGGCCCCUCUGCCUUGGGCUCCGGGUGAAGAGGCCCCACUGCCGGCCAAACAGGAUGGUCCCCCGCGUGAGCCCUCAGAAAGCCUCGGGCCAGAGAGCAUGGCCAGCCUGGACGCUGUGGCCAGACCUGCCCGGAAGGUACUAUUGCCCACACCACCGGGCGCCUCCUUCCAGCCUCUCUACCCUCCGCAGAGCGAGGGCCAGGCCUUCCCCCCUCCUGGUUUCUCGGGGCCCAUGUAUGCGUCUCAGGAGAACCCGAUGGGCUCCUCCCAGUACGAUGACCCGAGAAAUGCUCAGUUUGCCGAGAAAAGUGACGCCCUGGCCACUGACACUGAAGGAGACAGAGAGCCCCAGGCCAGGCCAGGCGAGGGAGCCAGUGUGUUUCCCCCCUUGGCACAGAAAGGGGGACCUCCACCCCAGUUUCAGGGCCAGAGGGAGCCCACACCGCGUGCUUUUGGGAUGUCAGGCCUUCAUGGCCCCAGUUUCCCAGCUCCUCGGGGGCCAGUUCCUCCGUUCCCAGAAGAGAAUGCUAAUAACGAUGGGCCAAGAGGAGGGCCUCCGCCGGCCAGAUUCGGGCCUCAGAAGGGGCCCAUCCCUUCCCUGUUCUCAGGGCCACAUGGGCCACCUCCCUAUGGGGAUGGCAGGGGCCCCUCCCCAUCCCACCUGGGCGGACCCAGGGGAGCAGGGCCGCCUCCGUUGGAAGAGCGCAAGGACGCCCACGGGGAGAAAAGAGAGUACCCGGACGCCCUGUACGGCGAGGCCUCAGGUGGCCCUGCCCAGUGCGAGGGACCUGAGCAGGCCCCAUUCCCAGGAGGCCGGGGUGCCACGCCGUUCCAGUUUGGAGGCCAGAGGAGGCCUCUGCUGUCGCAGUUUAAGGGACCCCGAGGCGGCCCUCCUCCCUCUCAGUUCGGAGGUCAGCGAGGACCCCCACCCGGCCACUUCGUGGGCCCAAGGGGGCCGCACCCUGGGCAGUUCGAAGGCCCCAGAGGCCAAGCGCCCAGCUUCGUGCCCGGACCCAGGGGGAUGCAGCCUCAGCAGUUUGAAGAGCAGCGGGUCCACUCGCCGCCCCGGUUCUCCGGCCAGAGGGCACCUGCACCCCUGCCCUUUGGGGGGCCCCGGGGGGCUGCCCCAUUCCCGGAGAAGAGUGAGCCGGUGCCCCCCCGCUUUCACUUCCAGGGCCCAGCUGCCCCUGGCCCCAAGCCGGCACCCAGGCCGCUGCUGGAGCUGCCCAGCCACCCUCCUGCACCGUCCUCCGCGCAGGCCCAGGGCCCAGAGGCCGACUUCCGCGAGGGGGGCCGGGGCCACGAGUACAGAGGCCCGGCCUUCGAGGGGCGGCCCCGCGACAAGGCCCCAGAGGAGCCUGAGGCCCCGCUGCCUGACAGCCGCUCGGGCCGGGCCCUCGACGACCGGCGGCGCGAGAGGGAGCGUGGGAAGCCCUGGGAGCGGGAGCGUGGCCGGACCUGGAGCCGUGAGCGGGACUGGGACCGCGGUCGGGACUGGGACCGCCACCGUGACAAGGACGCUGGCCGCGACUGGGACAGGAGCCGCGAGCGGAAUGGGGGCAGGGACAAGGGGCGUGAGUGGGACCGUGGCAGAGAGCGGAGCCGCAACCGGGACCGCGACCGCAGGCGCGACAGGGAGAGGUCUCGCAGCAGGGACCGCGACCGCGACAAGGCCCGCGAGCGGGAGCGCCGCAGGGACCGCAGCCGGAGCCCUGAGCGGCCCCGGGACCCCAAGACGGAGACCCCUCGGGCUGCCGCCCCCACUGCCCAGACCUAGGGCCCCGCGGGAGCGGCACUCCCUGCUGAGCAGAUGGGCUUGGAAAGAACUGCGGGCUCAUGCUCAAAUAGAACCUUAUGGACUUGAAAUAUUACUGUAAUUUUGUGUAUAAUGGUUUCUUACAAAAUUUCACACCUUUACAAUUCCGAUGCUUUUUUAGAAACAAAAAACUAAGAACUCUUAACAUUUCCAUUUAAAUGUACUGAAAUGGGAACGUACCUACAAAAGCAUAUUGCUUUUUCAGAUUAUAAAGUUAUCUUUUCUAAUAACUUGACUGUUGUAAAUUCUGAGGGAGUUUAGUGGCUGUUAGGGCCAUACCUUUCCUGACAUCUCACCUGUGUGUCUGUUUCCAGAGGUGUGGCUGUUUCCAGAGUCUGUUUUUACAGGGUUCUGACCUGGUGGCCAUGGGUUUCUGCGUAUAGCUGUCAGCUAACCUGUGGAUGGUUGAGAAAUGCCAGAGUUAACAGAUGCAUCUUUCUCUCGUCACAAAGAAAUUUGAAUUACAAAUUUCAACCAGGAAACAAAACAUUUCUUAGUUUUGCUCAGUUUUUAUGUAUUGUCUUACACUUUUUCUUUCCCAAAAAACAUGAUUAAAAGCAACAUCUGAAUAGAAACUGUUGAAUUUUAAAUAACAUUUAGUUUAAAAGAUUUAAAUUUUACCAGUCUAAAGAAAGGAAAUAAAUCAAUUAAGUGUAAUUUAAAAGGUGGGGUGGGGUAGGGUGGGGUGGGGGGGCGUUCUUUGACUUGAAUAAUCAGGAACAGUGUUUUGGUUGAACUUUACCACCUGAGCAGUUCUUUUUUAUGUCCCAGGAAAAGUGCACUAGCUCCACACUGCUGUCCUUGUCAGGUGAUAAAUCUCAGCAUUUGUUGUUGAAAUGGAACAAUAUUUGUAUAAAGCCUGAGGUGAAAAUAGUGCUAUUAGCUCAAAAACUGCAAAUUAGAAUGCUUUUCACCAUGAAGCACAGUAAGCUGCUUCUCGUCCUGUGUUUCCAAGUACUUCUGAAGUGGAAAGUAGAGGAAAACUUGCUAAUUUAUUUGACUGUAUAAAAUACACUUUCAUAAUUUUUUUAUAUUUUCAUAAACUUAAUUUUGCAAACGUAAAGUUAGAGAAUUUCCUUUGUUCUUUGGAGUCUAUUCCAUUGUACAUCACUACAGAUUCUUCCCUUUCUAGCACAAACAUUUAAGCUGCGAGAACAUUGAGAACUUAGCAGUUUGGGGUGAUUUGUGGGUGUUGACAGACCCUGUCAGUAGGUUAAGUUACAUUAAAGUGGUGACGAGUUCCAACAUCUAAUGUGAUGUGAAGGUUUUUUUUUUUUUUUACAUGUAAAACAAAAAUUUUCUAAUUUAAAUA